UAUGUAAUUAAUAAAAUUGGAAAGAAAAUUUUCUGAAAGAUCAUUUCAUUCCAAACUGACCAUUGGACAAUAUAUACUUUACCAAUGAACCAAAGCCAAUAAACAAGAUAGACAAAGAUCUCUUCUCUGACAAAGAGCGAGAUACAGAAGAGAACAAUACCAUGUGGUACCAGCGGAUGUCAGCGUAGGUUAGGUUAAGAUAAUUUUUCAUUGAUAAAGAAAGUCUGUGAUAAUAACAUAGUGUUGCUACUUUAUUAGUUAUUUGCAGUUAAGAUGGAAAAACGUACUGCACUUAUUUUAGGCGGAUGUGGUUUCAUUGGAAGAAAUUUAUUAGAUUUUUUAAUUACCAAUAACUUGGUACAAUUUGUAAGAAUCGUUGACAAAGUGCCUCCUCAAGUAGCGUGGUUAAAUUCUAGACAUCAGGAAUUAUUUAACAACCCCAUUGUUGAAUUUAAAAGUGCAAAUUUAAUUAACAAUGAAUCUUGUAAAAAUGCAUUUGCUUCAUCUACUCAAGUAGACUGUUGGGAUUAUGUGAUAAAUUGUGCUGGUGAAACCAAACUGGGACAUACAGAUCCAGUUUAUAAAGAAGGAAUUUUGAAAUUGAGCAUUAAUUGCGCCUCUCAAGCUGCCCUUAAGCAAGUUAAAUGUUAUGUUGAAAUUUCCUCUGGUCAAAUGAUGUCUUCAGAAAAGACACCCCAUAAAGAGGAUAGUCAGACACAACCAUGGACAAUGAUAGCAGCAUGGAAAAAAAAGGCAGAAGAUGAGAUUAAAAAUAUUGAAAAUUUAAAUUAUGUUAUACUGAGACCGGCCAUUGUGUAUGGCAUUGGUGAUAAGACUGGACUUACUCCACGAAUAUUGGGAGCAGCCAUUUAUAAGCAAUUGGGGGAAACUAUGAAAUUAUUAUGGAAUGCUGAUCUUGGAUUCAAUACUCUUCAUGUUGAAGACUUAUGUCGAGCUAUUUGGUUUGUAUGUCAAAAUAGCAAUUCUGUAGGACAAGUAUUUAAUGUGGUAGAUGACUCAAAUUCAAACCAAGGAUCAAUUUCUGAUCUUCUCAUUGAUCUUUUUCAUAUAAAUGUGGGUUAUUAUGGAAAUAUGUUAUCGUCAGUCGUGGACAUUGCUGCAGCUGCAGAUGAAGCAAAUGAUAAACACCUGGGGCCAUGGGCAGAAGCUUGCCGAGCUGAUGGAAUUGAAAAUACGCCUCUAUCACCUCAUAUGGAUCCUGAAUUACUUUUAAACAAACAUUUACGUUUAGACGGGAGCAAAUUGAAAAAUUUCGGAUUCCAGCUAAAAUGGCCUAAGCUGACUUGUGAAAAAAUUAAAGAAAUUAUUGACGAUUACAUUGAUAUGAAAAUAUUUCCUCAUUGUCUUAGACCUUAAGGAUGUAGUGGAACAAUUGAUCUGAAUGUCAAUGACUAAUAAAUAAGCAAUUAAGCAA